AUGUACAUUUUUUUCUCUUUUAAGGACACUUUAUUUGGAGAGAUCACAGACUCCAGUGAUGAUGAAAUGGAGCAGAAUGCGCAAACACUUGAAAAUAUUAUAGAAGAAUAUGAUGAGGAGAAACCAGCAUCUGAAACUUUGCAUCUGACAGAAUUUUGCUCACAAGUUUUAAAAAACAGCAGUGUAAAGACUCAUCUACAGGAAUCGCAUGAAAGAUCCCAAAAAUUAGAAAAUGAAGAAUCGAUGCUGUCAUCUGACUCCAUGCUCAGAACAUCAGAGUACCUUCAUGAGAACAAUACUAAAUCAGAGACUGAAGAAAAACACCUAAAUAAAGAAUCUGACUUUGAACAAAUGCACACAGCCGCUGAAACAAUAUCUCCCAGUACAGAGAAACUCAGUGAAAAAAUGAUUAGCAAAACAGAAAUUGGGCAUGUGCUGGAAGAGACUAAUGAUUUCGUUCAAAAGGAGGAAAAGAAAAGGUUAAUUGAAACAAAAGAUGAUUGCGCUCAAGGAUCCCAGGGCAGUGAAGAACAGCAAACCAAAGAACCUAUUUCAACUGCUGAAAACCCACCAGUGACUUCUAAAAAUGUGAAGGAUCCUUCCAAUGAUAAAGAAGGAAGAGUGAUGGAGAGUGUAUUUGAGGACCUCCAGACAGAAUCUUACUCGGGAAAAGCAAGCCUACUUUGUGAAAAGCAAAUUGAACAUUUAACAGUAAAAGGACAAAAUGCAGCAGCUGAAAGAAAUAACGAACCAUUAAUAGAGGGGGAAAAGAAUGUCAGUAAUUGUGAAUUCCUCCCUGAAACAAAUCUUAGUGAAAGAGUUGAGCAACCAGGUGCCAGCAUAACGUGUACGGAAUCUAUUGAAAAGAACUUUAAUUCUUUGGAAGCAUCUAACAAACCUCAUUCUGUAGUGGAGAUGGGCAACCAGCAAAAUGGGAGCAAGGUAAAUGGAAAGAAUGAGCAAGCUGAUGUUGCAACAUAUAUUGGAACAUUAACUAGGGGUUUGAAGCAAUCAUAUCAUGGCGGCGAAAUAAUUGAAGCCAUGAAUUAUAGGUCCAGAAAAAACCUGUCUGAUGGAGCUAGUGAGGAGACAAAGUUAGAAGAUACACCAAAGGAAAAACAUCUACAAUUAGAACGGUUACUUGAUGAAAAUAUAUAUAUUAAAUCAACACAAGAGGAAUUAAUUUGCAAAAGCAGUACCAACAAGUUACCAACCGAGGCAUCUACUGCUGAAGACUCUUUGUUAAAAUCUGAGGGAUUCACUGAACCAAGUCAAGUACCCCUUGAAGUACACAAUGCCACUGAAAAUGCUUUUCAAGUGGGACAAGUUGAAAAUGCAAACAUUACACCCAAGAACAUGUCCAAAGUAGAAAGCAUUGGGAGUAGUUUAAACAGUUACACGGAAGACUUACAUCCGCUAAGAGAGAGGCUUAUGGAGAUAAAUUAUGAAUCAAGAAAACUCACUGAAGCGGGAACUAUACAAUCCCUUAAAGUAGGAUUAAAUGAAAAAGAUUCACGUAGUUCGAUGCAUGGGGAUUCACAGUUUGAAAAAAAUAGCUCAAUGAUCACAAAUGAACUACCUGAUACAAAAAAGUAUGCCACGGAAGAAAAAGGCCUGAAUUAUUGUUCCGCUUCAAAUGAAGCAGCUUCAGCACAGAACAUGAGCAAUAAUACAGUUCAACCGAUGCAGAAUGCGUCACAGAGCAAAAAUGGAGCAAUUGAAUCAGCCUUGUCUGUUAUGACAGGUGAUUCUGAGGCAAAUAUAGAAUCUAUGGAUGUAGCUUUUCCCUCUCCUGACAAGGAAAAUGCUGAUCACACUGAUCCACAUCAUUCUAAGGAAAAUUGGAAGAAUAAAAAAUCAGAAACUGUUGAAUCGGAGGGAGAUAAGAUGUUGACUCAGAGAGAUAUAAAGUGGGAUUACCACAAUCCUAGUAAUAAGAAAGAUAAAAUUGAUUUUGGACAAGAUAAAAAUGAUGGCACUUUCAACAAGCCCCAGGCAUCCGUUACUCUUAAAAGUUGCAGUAAAGACAACGCUGAAAUGCUGUCUUCUGAUGGAUAUUGUCCAAACAAUAUUAAGAGCAUAGAUACUAAUACAGAAAACAAAUUGCUGCUGAAUCAUGGGGAACUUCUUAUUCCCAGGGACGCGCGGUCAAGAAAUGAUACUAUUAAAAAUAUCAAUGAAAAAACAGCUAGGGACGCAGAUGCUGUAUCAAGUACUGAAAUAAGGUCUAGAGGAAUAGAUGAAGUGAGUAUGUUAGAAAAUUCUGUUUCAGUGGGGAAGUCCUCUGUCACAGAUUCAUCAGAAGAAGAAUUUUACCCAAUAAGAAAAGUGAAUUGCGCAAAAAUACACCCAGGAUGUGCAGUGUCCAGUGAUAUAUCUUGUCCAGUCAAAAAUAGUGAAGCUAGUCUUCCCCCCAGUACGACUUCUUCAGAUGGUGCCAGACAUGAGGUGUUCCCUGUGGUCACGAAAGAGGAAUGCUCAAAAGAUAAGGAAGCUAAAGUAGGUUACACUGACUCGUCUGUAAAUGAAGGGGUUGAAAAGACAUGGGAACAUUCGUAUGCAGCAGAAUGGCCCUGCGCUAAUGAGAAUACAACCUUAAAAACAGAGCCCUCUUCUGCAAUAGAAAAGUUAGAAGAAAAUGCUUCAGUAAUUACUUUAUUGCCAAGUCAGGAGUUAUCUAACAAGAAAACUAUCUCUGGGAAGUCCUCUAUGAAUGAUCCAGAUGCUAAUGAUAAUACAGCUGUACUACAUACAAAACACCCUGUCGAUAGGGAAGUUCAUUCUGACUUACCUGUAGAAAAAUCCAACAUGGAAUUAAAAAGGAGUGUUUCCACUUCGGAAUCCAGAUCAGAUACAGACCACAGUUACAUCAUGGCUUGUCACAUUGAUGAUGGCAGUGAUACGUCCCAUAACAAGGCUCAGGAUAUAAAUAAUGAUAAAGGAAGCACUGCAUCUAAGACCCACAGGACAUCCAUAUCCCCCAUCUCUGGGUCUUCCAAUUCUAAUAAUAAACUACAAAAAGUGCUAUCAGAAAAAUUGUCACCGCCGGUUCCUUCUGCAAAGAAUAGAGUAGACCAAACAUUCAACUCUUCAGACCUCGUCAUAAUUAAAGCACAGGAAGAGAUUAACGAUAGUGAUGAUACCCAUCUCCAGACCGUACCUAUCUGUAAGAGAAAAAAGAAAAACCAGUCUGCCCUACCAGCUGAAACCAUUCUAGCCAAUGUAGAUACUUCUACACGAACUAUGUAUUAUCCCAAAACUUUAACAAAAAUUAUGCAAGAGAUGGGCCCACCAUUACCUCCGUUACUUCCACCUUUGCUAGCUACCCCUCCAAGAACUGUUCAGCGCAGUUCCCCUGUAGCAUCAAUUUCAAGCCAAUCUUCCUUACCAUCUCCACUUGAUGAACUGAUUUCUCCUUUGCAUAAAACCCCAGUUCCUCCUCUAACGUCAGCACUGCCACAGAUCUCAAAAUACAAGUCCUCUUCAUCAUCAUCAUCAUCUUCCACUUUAUCACCCUCUGAAAUGUCAGUAGGUCAGAGAAUUUUAUCGUCGCCUCUUCAGUUUUGUUCCAGCACUCCUAAACAUGCCCUUCCUGUUCCAGGUAGACUGCCUCCAUCUACACCUUGCAAUUCUGUUCCACCUGCGCCUCAGGAAAACUCUGUGAAAAUUUUGGACAGUAUGUAUCCAGAAUUAUCUGCUCGGGCAAGAACACUCAAUAUCCUGAAAGGUAACAUUCAGUUUAAUAGGUCGUCUUCUCUAGAUGGAAAGGGUAGCCAUCAAAUUAGUGGCUUUAAAGCCAUUGCUUCCCCAUCGACUGCUUUUGUGAAAACAAGGAUCAGAUUUAAAUCUGAUCCAGAGAAGCUGCUCUCCAAUGUGAAUGAGACUGGGAAAAGGAAAUUGCCAUCUGUGACUAUGCCAAAGAACGUCAAAAGACCAUGUUUAGAGGGCAGCAGAUCAUCAACACUGAACCCCUGCUCAGAAGAGCGCUCCGAUGGUGACCGACAGUGCAUUCCUGACGGUGACUCUCUGGACAAUGGGAAUUCUACUAAGUCAACAGAUGACUGUAAUUCAAAAUCACUUUCGGAAAUGGAGAAAACGGAGGAUCCUGAUACGUCGGCUGUGACUGUAGCAUUGGAAAAAGUUUCCGAAGCUUGUUUUGACCUGUUGCCUGUUAUUCGUAGCCGUGUUCUUGUUGGUAAUACAUCAAAGGUUCCCAUAUUGAGAGAUGAAGAGAAAGAAGUUGUUUAUGAACUUGCUGUUGAAAAGAAGUCCUUAGCUGAGCCAGCUUUGCAGACUAUUCUAAAUAAACUGAAAAAGCAGAAAACAUCCUUGGGCCACAAUUAUAUUCAGUCCCUCUGCAGGAUCUAUGUUGGAAUAUGCCAUCAGCUUGGAGACUUAGAAAAAGCACGCCUCUUCUGCUACACUCUACUUAAGGAAGGUAUAGUAUAUUUUGUAGGUCGUUUAGGACAAAUAGGUCUGAGAGAAGGAUUUUUCCCUGCUGUGGAAAAUAUCAGUUCUGUUAUUGGAGCCUUUCUACAGCACGCAAAGGAAAAAGAUGUGGCCUGGGGUGUCCAGUUAGCAGCCGCAUAUGCACUCUUUGAUUUGGGACCUAGCAAUCCAUCCAAAAUCCUGGAGGCCAUCCAUGCAUGGAAAGCAGUAAACACCAUCAGCCUUCCCUCUGCUGUUCUAAAUGGCAUAAGUGAAGUCAAUAGUCUACUAACAUGCACAGAAGAACAGAAGAUUGUUCAUUAGCAUAAGGCUUCCAAUAGAAAAUGGAGGCAGUUCCUCCGAAGCAAAAGAGACUUUGAGGGACAGCAGAAAGUAUGAAUUCUUGCAUAGGUAUAUUCAUAGCCAAUAUAUCCUGAAAUAGGUUACUUUGCAGAUGAGUGUGUCCUUAUAUUACUACCGUAGGAAAUAAAUGGCAGGCUGUCUUGUGUACUAGCUUUCUUUGGUUCACCGACAAAUGCGCGCUCGACAAAAGCGCACCGAUGAAACCGUGGUGAGAAAACCAAGAGUUUGAAAUCGCGGCAACGAAUGAGCGAAGAAGCGCGCUGACAACAGCGCACUGACAGAAGCGCGCUCUAAACCUAACCCUUACCUUAACCGUAAUCACGCUUCUGUCGGCGCUUUUGUCAGCACGCCUUUGUGGGCGCCCUGUCGACAUUGCGGUUUUAUCGCCAUGGUUUCAUCGGCGCACUGUUGUUGGGCGAGCAUUUGUCGGGCCACGGCUUUCUUUAAAUCAGAAAAAAAAAUCAUUUAUGAAAAUAAGUGUUCUCUUAGAUAUGAUCUUCCAAAUUGGGAGUCAUAUGCUUUUAUAGGCCAAAUGGUCUCCAGAGUAUCUUCAUUGGAAAUUAGUUGAAAUCUUUUUUAAGUGAACUGGGUUUGUCCAUUGAUUAUGUUUAAGCAUGCUAACUUCAGAGAAUUGGAUUAAGGUGUUUUUUUUUCUAAAAAAAAGUCUGUUCCUAAUAGUGUGAACAUUCCUCCCACUUCUUUCUUUAAAUGGAUACUAUAAAUCCCUGUUGUUUCAAAAUACUGCAUAUUUUCUUAUUAGAAAAUGGCACUAGGACAAAAGAGAGAUAUUUGUGCCAUGGGAAGUGAUGUACCUCUCAACUUUAAAAUAGAUUUGUUUCUACUGUAAAUGUCUUAAUCUAGACCAAAUCAUGACUUUAAAAAAUACUAGCAGUAGCCCUCCUGCUUUUAAUUAUUUAAAGGAGGCAUAAUGUGUUUUCUGUAAUAUGUAACCUCCACAUUAUAUAUAGAAUAUUGAGAUGACUUCUCUAUGAGAAUUUGUACAUAUGUUAUAUUCAAAUAAUGUGUUUCACAUUGCACGUUGUUCCAGUUUCGGAACUUUAUUAUCUGUAUAUAGAAAUGGGAAAGAAAGACACUUGCACUGUUCAAUGAAGUUUCAUUUAUUUUCACUUAUAUAUAAAAAUAUAAACACUUUUUUUCCUAAUAAAUAUGGUUUGUGUCUUUCCUAGCUGCAUAGUUUUCAUGCCAAGUGUUGCUAAUCCUAACUGCCAAAGCAUCAUACAACUACUGUCAAAAUUUGAAUAUAUAAUAUGUAUAAUAUAACAUUUCCUUCCAACUGCACAUGAAAAAAGUAUUAUCUUUUUUGUUUUAAUGAGUAUUUCAGUAAUUUAUAGUGAGUUACUCUAUCUCUGCUUUUGAAUGUACUUGAAGCAUCUAAAUCAAUCAAUUAUACAACCAUCCAAAAUAUCUAAAAAUUAAAAAAAUCAUUAAGUUAAAACAAAUCUGCACUGUGAAUGUCAGCAUCAAAAUAUUAAUUAGCAAAUGUAACCUUUUUUAAAAAAAAAACUAUAGUGGGAAAAUUGAUCCUUUUUUACAAUAGGAUUUCAAAUUAGCAGCUGCAGUAAAUACCACUACGGAAGGGCUAAAACUUUGCCUUUAUGAGAAUAACAUUAUUAUCCCUUUUCUUUUUUUCCUUUGGUUUGUUAUUUUAAAACUGCAAGAUAGAUUCAUGAAUAUGUGAAAUAAAGAAAAUGUGAACAGAAGCAAGGAGAAAUAAUUUAGGAAAUGACAAGUUGCAAUUAUUCAACAUUUUGACAAUGCUUGAACAAUGCUAUUGCUAUUGAACAAAAUACUUCCUUUAAAUGUUCUUUGGAUAGUUUGUUCACUUAUUGGUCUAGUCCAUGGGUCUUCAAACUAUGGCUUGUGGGCCACAUGCGGCCCACCAAAGCCAUUAAUCCAACCUGCGCAGGAUGACGAGGCUGCUUCGCCCACAUCACCCUGCCCCACUCUUCGGCAGAGCGCAGGACUUCUCUUCGGAAGCCCUGUGGGCUGGAGCUAAAAGGUAAGGCCAACGAUUUUGGCCUGCAGAAUGCUGCUGGAGCCAGAGGAGAUGAAAAAUGGGGGCAUACAGGCAUUCCAAGAGGCCAAAAAACUGGCAAAAGUGGCUUGUUUUUGGCUAAAAAAACGAGCCAUUUUCACCCGUUUUUGGCAUGCAGAAUGCUGCUGGAGGCGGGGUAGGUGAAAAAUGGGGCACACAGAUGGGUGAAAAGUGCCUGUUGUUCACUUGCCCCACCUCCAGAAGAUAGAGAGAGAGAAGAGGGGGGGGGAGAGAAAGAGAAAAAAAGGGAGAGAGAGAGAAAAGAGAAAGAUUUCUCAAGCUUCUUGGGACACAGAAUUGCUGCAAAACUUGAGUUUUCUGAAGUAGAUCACUAAGACUCCUAACAACUGAAAAAAUGAUUUAGUAAAAGGAAAAGU